AUGCCCGUCCCAAGAUGGACACGACCACCCAAAAUCAAUAUACCAAUCUCAAGAACUUAUUCACAAAAGCGUAAUCUUUGCUUCAUGGUACUAGCUCUAUUCACUAUAUUAUUCCUACUCGGUCUACUUCAUCCAACCGUCCAACAUGGUCCUCUGGAACAUCUUGAUAGGUUGAAAGAAUGGUCAACCGAUAAAGCUCAGAAUUUAGUUCAAGUUCUGCCUGAAGAAGGCUGGGGUGGAACAGUCAAGGAUUGGUUGGAUAUACCACAUAAUGAGAGUGGAGAAUGUAAAGGCUGGGAUCCGAAAUCACUAGAAGAAAAUGAUCCUGUUGACUGUUUGAAAGCUAGACAGUACAGACAGACUAUGAGGGUACUGGAAAGGGAAGAGAAAAGUGAACAUGAUCAUUGGUAUUUCACGAAACAACAUAAUAUAGACACUCUACGUGAUCUCACAUUUUGUUUCCUUCCUAUCACCGAUGCAAACUGGAUGCCAUGUCAUGAGAAACCGCUCAUAGUAUCAGGAUGGUGGUACACUGCUGAAGUAAUCACUGGCGCUACAACUGGAGAGGUAAUAUGGCAGGGAUCAGUUGUUAAGCAGCUCAAGAUGCUAGGCUAUUCCUUCAUUGCUGUUGGACCAUAUGUGAAUUGGAUAGAAGUCGCAGAGAUGAUGCCGGAUGUAUAUCAUUUGCUUUGGAGCAGUGAUCUUGAUACGGUAUCUUGUGUGACUGAUCCCCGAUGUAUCGCAAAAGAACACUAUAUACCACCCGAAGAUGCUGAAGAUUUAUCGAUUGGAGUACCAGAUGAAGAAAGAGGUGUUAUACCCAUAUGGGCAUUGAAUAUCGUCGACUAUUGGGGAGCGAGACCUAGGGAAAUGUCAAACAAUCAUUAUUGGUGGGGUUUGAGUGAAGACGGUGAUUGGAGUUACCACCCUCUAGGACAAGAAUGGAUAGCUACACCUUGGCCUCUACCUGGUAAUCAUUACCAUCUACCUUAUACGAUUGAAGAAUAUUGUAUGAAAAUGCCUAUCACACCUCAUGAAGAGAGGAAGGAUGCCGCUUUACUACUGGCCAAGCGGUCAGCAUAUUUCCAUUAUCCUUAUGUUUCUCCUGCUUCAUUCUGGACCAAUCUCUCACAGAUUCCAGAUCUCGAAUUACUUUCAACGGUGGAAGAGGAAGAAGGGAAGCCGUUACCUGAAGGGUUACAAACAAUGGGUAGACAAUCAAGAGAAGACUAUGAAGUACUGGUUGGAAAUGUUAAAGCUUUAGUAGGGAUGGGUGCACCUCCUAUCAGUCCUAGUAUUUAUUCAUCUCUAUGCCAAGCUACACCUGUGGUUAUACCUUAUUUUCAGGAGGAUUAUCGAAUGGAUGGAUGGUGGCUUUAUUCCAGCUGGUCACAACAUGGUCCCGCUAUAGCAAUAGGUGAACCUUACGUUUACAAAUAUUACGCUCAAAAUUAUACGGACCUUGAACAUGCGGUUAGGAGAGCGAUGGCAACUCCGAUUGAUAGGUUUAUACCAGAAGAUAUGAAACUUCCUUAUGCACUUUCCCAAUUGUCCAAAUAUCUCUCUCGUGAUUUGAAAGGAAUGUUUGAUAAGGUCAUCUUGGACAAUGAAGGUAAUAUACCAAGAUUGAAAAAGGGAGUACAAGAAAGAUGUUACGAAUUGAAAAGAUGCAGAGAUCCUUUAACAAAAGGUAGAGUACCCUCUACACCGCCGGACAGAGUAACAAGGCAUGUGAUAGAGAUAUGA